AUGAUUCUUUUAUAUAAAUAUAAAAUUUCAAUAAAAAAUAAGGGUAAUAAUAAAGUUAAUUUAAUGUCUAUUUUAAAUUAUAAAUUUAAAUCAUAUAAUAUCAAUUUAAAUUUAUUAAAUACAAAAAUAAAUGAAUAUAUUAAUAAAUAUAAAUUAAAUGUAUUUAUUAUUUAUAUUUAUUCUAAUAAAACAUUUAAAAUUACAUAUAAUUAUACUUUAUUUAAUUUAUAUAAAAAAUAUAAUAAAUUAAAUAAUAUAUAUUUAAUUUAUAAAAUAUUAUUAUAUAAAAAAUUUCAAUUAUUAUUUUAUAAUAUAAAUCAAUUAUUUUAUAUUAUUACAAAUAAUUUAAUUAAAUAUAAUAAACAUUUAAUAUAA